GGCGCGCAAAGUGGAGAGGAGUCUUCGCAGUCCGGUCGACAGACUCAAAGGACUCGAGGUUCACUCGGAAACUAACCUCUUCACCCUCCAAGUGCCCCAAAACCUCGACCACUCCCGCCCGAGUGGGACAACCGGAUAACCUCUCCGACGUUUUUCCCUCUCCGUGUCCCAAACCUUCUACGGACUGUAAGUAAGGUUAAAUUCCCCCGGGAAACCGAGAUCAUUCGAGAAAAAGUGCUCGUGACGUGAAAUGACCGCUCCUUUGAAGGGAGCUCUCGUCGAGGCGGGACUUUUCGCGUAGCCGGCGAGAAAUCGAAAAGCAAGAUGGCGGACGGGCCGAAAGUGGAGUUCGCCUUGGGCAGCGAGGUCUCGCCAGGACACUUUUUCAAGAGCUCCUUCGCCCGAUCGUUCGUCACCAACUGCCGCGACACCAAGUCCCUCGACAUCGGCUUCCUCGACAACGCCAUCGCCGAGGAGCCCGAGAGCAUCGUCGCCGCCGACAACAGGAACAACAAUUUCUGCUCCCUCGUGAAUUUCGGAUCCCUAACCGGCGAUUGCCAUAAUCUCUGGAAGGUCAACGAGACUCGCUCUGCCGGGAACGUCGAAUCGGACGAGCUGGAUAAACUUCGUAAACAAUGCCAGACCCUGACGGAGGAGAACCGAAGGCUGCAGAACGCCCUGUCGACGAGCCAGGCGUCCCACGUACAAGUCAUCGACAAUGUCUGUCUGCAGACGCAGGUGGACACGCUCCAGUGGCAGCUCAAACAGACCGAAGCGAAUCGCCAGAUGUACCGGUCGUUGAUGGAGCAGGUGGUGCGUUUCCUGGACCGGACGAGGAAGAGUCUGGACAUCCUCCACGAGAAGACCAACCCGAAGGACAAGCUUCGAGUUCCUCGCAGCCGCAGCGUCCACGCGGUCCAUUGCGAAGAGGCUCACCACAGGUCAGGGAACCCCAACGUUUCCGGGGUUCCCCCGAGUUCCACGUCCAGGUUCACCAGGGCGAAGUCGGUCACUCAGAUCUCGCCGAGCGGCAGCGGCUUCAGGGAGUUCACCUGGUCGGUCCUGCGCAGGAACGACCCCGUGAAUUGUACGUCGCCGCGCAACAAUAAGCCUACUCGGCAGGACCUGAACAAGACCCACGAAGGGGUCAUCUACAGGCACCCCAAGCAGGUGGAGAUGGACCCUGACGACAUUCCCCCGGAGAAGCUGUCGCAGGAGGCUUUCAGGCUGAUGAGGACCGUCCAGUCUCUCCUGGCCAUGAGGGAGCCGGAUCUCGCCAGGGUGUCCAUGGCGGAGAACAACACUUGCCACGUGGACAGGGACGCGUCCUUGCAGCCCAACUUUGCCAACUCCACGGCCAUGCAGGACUCCUUCGGCGGCGAGUUGGAGAGGUCCGGGUACGUGAAGGGGAACGACGACAGAGGUAAUCCAUUGUUGCCGGGGACUCGCAGAUCCUUGGACGCCACGUCCCUGAAUUCGGGGAGCAGUAAGACCACGGAAACCACCACUACCACCGAGGAGGACGACGCGGCCGUUCCCGGGAUCCUGGGCCCCAUUGAGAGGGAGUUCAUGGGGACUCCCACGUCCACUCCCAUCAGAAAGAAGAGGCAAGAAAAGGAGGUCGUCCGGAUGAGGUCCAAGCCCGCUACCAGCGUCAGCAGUGCCGAGGACGAGAGUGGGUUCUCGUCCAUGAGCUCUUUCCAGGAAGUCGGACUUCCUGGGGGGAUCUCGCCCAUUAAGGGCUGCCACACGGAAGUCGGCCUCCCGGAGAUCCCUCUGGAUAAAGUUCGGCACAGAAGGUGGACGUCGACCCCCUCGGAAAUUCAGACGCUUUUCAAGAGGCACAGCACCAGCUUCGUCGGCAACCAACCCACCACGGAAUCUUUCAGUGUUUGGGUCUAAUUAUUUUUUAAAGUCGAGGCUAACUACUCGUAUACGGGACCAUUUAGGUCCAGGGGUUCCCACGUUAUCUCCGGGUGAAUCCCAAUUUUUAUGAGGCACGGUACGAGUCUAAUGGGGGGCCGUUAUUAAAUCUCUUAGUUUUCGGACCUAGCAUGUGAAAGGAGCAAUUAGAUCUUGCGGGUUUGGAUACAAAAAAAAAAAAAUCUCGCAAAGAAUGGGAAAAGUCCGGACCUGGAUAAAAGAUCCUUUAACUCCCACGCCAGCCUGCAAUGGAGUCUAUUUCUUUUUAAGAGUAAUUGUAGACUAUGGAAACGUUUCACGUGGUGUCUUUACUUCUUGGGUCGAUUAAAGAAGGAAGCCUUGAUCGUGCACGUCAUUUUUUUUUUUUUUUCUUUUGCCUUCUUUCGUGAAUACUUCGUUACUAUUGUACAUAGCUUGUAUACCGUCGUUUUGUACCAACUAAUUUGCGAUACAUUUGUAAUUUUUUCCAUUACUCUAAGCUCGUGGCUGAUAUACUGAGCCGAUCGCGCGAUUUAGAUGGUAGAAUUGACUGUAAGUUAUUCGUCGAGGAGGGCGGAAUUUCUUCUUUUUUUCUUUCUCUCCUUUUCACUGUACUUCAUUCGUAGUAAUCAUUUUUCCCCCUUUCUAGCGUACUCGUCCUUCUCUACGAAACUGCGUUUUUUUAAAACGGCCUCGACCAUUGACUCCGUCGACUUUGGAGACUUUUCAAGUAGCUUGUCUUUCCUCGACUCGGCUAAUUUAGUUGUAUACAAUUUCAGGGUCUAAGUAAAAGAGAAACAACAAAAAGAAAAUAACCGAAAAUCAUGCAAAGGCUCUUGCAGAAGUAGAAUCAGAUUCUACUUCUAGAAAGACCCUUUCCGACGUGCAUGUGGGCCUCGUACAACUAAACGUAUAAUUAUUCAGAUUUUAAUCUUAUUAAUUAUUUAGUUAUAAUUAUUUCAGAUCGAAAUCUGACUAAUUAUAGGCCUGAAUAUAUGCUAUCGAUAAAUCGCCGAGUCGAUUGAGCAUCCCUCGUUAUUAGAGCGCUAAAUUACGAUCCGAUUCACUUAAGUACCUAGACAUUAAACCGAAGAUAACCAAGUUUGCGGAUGAGAGGAUAUUUCCGGGGGAGAGUAUUAUCAAUGACGAAAUUCACCUCGCGGUAUUGUAAUUAUUACCGUGUUACGUUUUACUGCAUCGUUAAUUGUAGUUUCGUACUUCUUUCCUCGUGUUUAAGGUUGUCUUUAUUACGAUUAUGAACGAUAAGAAAUGGAUCGCCAAGUCCGCGAACUCGAAGAAGUAACGUUUACUACUGUAAUUGUAUAAUAAAAUCGAGUAUGUAGAAA